UUGGGUUUGUAUGCUAGUUAUAUACAGUUGUACUAUACAGGAGAAAAUAGGUACAACUUUAUCCUUUCCUCGCAUCUUCCACACUAUCGACCCGAUCUCUCUUCUUCUCCCUCCCUCUCUCAUACACCUCACGGCCCGCCUGAAUUUAUCUCAGUGGAUAUCAACUUAGAAUGGCUGGCAGAGCUCAUAUCCCCACUAAGAGCUCAGCACUCAUUGCCAUGAUUGCUGAUGAGGACACUGUAACUGGAUUUUUGCUGGCUGGAGUGGGUAACGUUGACUUGCGGAGAAAGACAAAUUAUCUUAUUGUUGAUUCAAAAACAACAGUGAAAGCAAUUGAAGAUGCAUUCAAAGAGUUUACAACAAAGGAGGAUAUUGCAAUUGUCUUGAUCAGCCAAUAUGUUGCAAACAUGAUAAGGUUUCUAGUUGAUAGCUACAAUAAGCCAAUUCCAGCUAUUUUGGAAAUCCCUUCCAAGGAUCAUCCCUAUGACCCUGCUCAUGAUUCAGUUCUUUCAAGAGUGAAGUACCUCUUCUCUAGCGAAUCUGUGGCAUCAGGAAGGCGUUGAUCAUCAAGUAGUUUCAUGUGUUUUGCUCAAUAAGUAUUGCAUUGCUUUUGAUACCAUGUAUGCUUUUCCCUUUGUUCACACCAACUGCUCUGUUACUGACCCACAGACGGUUGGUAUAUA